AUGUUGAGUAAUCUAAAUAGAGAACCUGACAAAGUUAAUAUAGAGGAAUUUAAAGAUUCGGAUAUUAGAAUUUUAUCUUGGAACGUUCAAGGACUUAGAAAUAAGUUUUCCGCCUGCUAUUUUGAUAAAAUCUUAACGAAGUAUGAUAUUAUAGGAUUGGAGGAAACGUGGGUCAAUAAACUAAAUACAAAUGAGGAAUAUCUUCUCCAGGCCUUUGAAUAUUUACAAGUUCCAGCAGAAAAAAAUCUAGGUGUAGGUCGACCAAAAGGAGGAAUAAUGUUAAUAAUGAAAAAAUCUCUGGGUGAAAUGAUUUAUAGUUUUUCAACAACUUACUUUAUAUUCUCAUUAAUUAAAUUGGAGUCUCCUAAAUUUAAUAAUCAAUCAGAUAAUAUUCUGGCAAUAAUAGUAAGUUAUUUUCCACCUUAUCAAACGCUACAAAAUCUAUAUCAAGAAAUGGAAAAGGUUAUAAUGGAUUGGAUGCAUUUUACCUCUUGUUGGAUAAUCAUGGGUGAUUUUAAUGCAAGAAUUGGUAACUAUAAUGAUUCCUAUUAUAAGGGUAAUAAUCAAACAAUUUAUAACUUAAGAAAUAGUCAUGACUCUGGUAGUAAUCCUAAAGGGAAUCUAUUAUUAAAUUUCGUUAAAAAUUAUGAUUUAUACAUUCUUAAUGGUCGUACAAAAGAAGACUAUCCCGGUAGGCAUACUUUUAUGUCAUCAAGAGGAGCAUCGGUAAUUGAUUACAUAAUGUGCUCUGAAGCCAUACUAGAUUAUUGUGAAGAAUUUAAAGUAUUAGACCACGACCUAUCUGACCAUUUCCCUGUACACUUGAUUAUUAGAGAUGAUUCAAUCAAAUCAAAAUAUGAAAAGGCAAGAAUUAAAGAGAAAGAGCAGGUUGCGAAAGACAGAUUUAAAUUAAGAAAGUUUGAAACUGAAAUAGGAGGAAGAAUCAAGUUAAUUGAAAAAAUGGAGACUAAUGAACUAUAUGAUAGUUUAAUAAAAAUAUUUAAUGAAUAUAAGAUAGAACCAAAUCAUUAUAAGAAUAGAUAUUCAAAUAAAAUAAAAUCCAAAUUUAAGCAGGAUUGGUUUGAUAUGGAAUGCUACAGAGCAAAGAGAAGAAAGGAAACUAAAUUAACAACUUUCCGCAGAAGCAACAAAUUUUUUUGGUUGACUGUGAAAAACUACCGUUUGAGGAAAGGUUAUGAAAAACAAGAUACUAUUGGGUUUGAUAAAUGGAUCAAGUUUUUUGGAAAAAGACAAUUAACUAAUAUUAAUUUUUAUACAGAUCAAGAACAGAUAGGUUUGGACAGGGAGGAGAGGAUAAUAAAUAUACCAAUUCAGGCCUCAGAAAUGAUAAAAACUAUUAACAAACUAAAAGAAACCACGGCCACAGGUCCUGACUCAAUUCCCAAUUGUUUAUUAAAAAGACUACCACCUGAAGCAAUUGACUUAAUAGCGCUUAGCUUUAAUUACAUGUAUGAAAAUAAUAAAUAUCCAGAUUCAUGGAAGUAUGCUGAACGCAUACUUUAA